CAAAUGCGUUGGCACGAGAAAAAGAUAAAAAGAGGAUCAUUAUCUGCAAAUAUGGUACGUGUGGAAAAUGCAGGUAGUAAAAGAACAACAGAGAACGAUGAACAAAAUGGAAGUGUUGAAAAGAAACCAAGGGUUGUGUGGACUAAGGAGAUGCAUCAAAAAUUCUUAGAAGCUGUUGCUAAGUUAGGGCAUGAUAAGGCUUUUCCAAAGAAGAUAGUUGAGCUCAUGAAUGUUCCAGGAUUGACAAGAGAAAAUGUGGCUAGUCAUCUGCAGAAGUACCGAAUGUGUAUGAAACGAGCACAAGAAGGCUUUACAGGUUCAUUAUAUGAUCUCACUUACCCUUUCGGGUUCAAUAUUCCACAAGAAAAUCUUCAACAAUCUCAUUGGAACCCUUUUCAAAUGGGACCAAGAAACACUACUACUACUACAAGGCAUUUUGAUUUAAAUAGUUACAAAUCAAGAGCAAGGUUGCCUCAACAAAACUAUACAUCCCUUCUAAGUACAAUCCAGCUAAAACCCGACCAUAACUUCAGAGUGUAUGGCGACCAAAAGAAAAACGUUCUUUUUAGUAUUGGAGACAGUAGGUUGGUGCAGUCAAAUACAAGUUUUGCUGGAUUUAGAUUGACCCGUGAUGGGAAAUCCGUCAUGUUUGGAGAAAACAAUCAUUUAAACAAGAGUUGCAUCCAAUUCUCAUCGGUUCAUCAACAAGUUUCUGUUCCUGAAAUUGGAACGGGUGAUUCUAGCCAUUGCCAGUCACUUUCAGUCAGCUCUGCACCACCAGGGAACGGGCCAGUUAAAUUCAACGCUCAGCUGUCUUCGUUAGCUGCUCUUCUAGACCUUGAUGAACCCAUGCCACCCCUAGGGUCAAGUAACUUCACUGAGCAGCCAUCAUCUGUAGCCACACCAUGGACCAACUGUGAUGAGCCGUUUGGUUUCACUUGUCAGGAGCAGCAGCAUUCGGGCAUCAUGGCUCAGCCACAAUCUACAGGACUUCAGUGGACCAACUGGGCUGAGUCACCCGCCUUUUCUCCUCAGCUGCCACCAUCAGGAAAUGAUACCAAUACAAAUGCUGAAAUCUUUAGCGAUUUCUCCUCAACGUCUCUUCCUCCGGAUAUUUGUGAACUGGGGACAGUAGUAGAUGACUAUGGAGUUGAUACAAGUGCAAUAUCUGUUUUUGAUGAUUUACUCUUUGAUCAUCAAGAGUUGACUUAGAUCAAAGGAAUACGUAAUUUGAUUUUGAGUUCUUGGGGUCAAACAUGUAACAAGUAACUAUAUCAUCAUUCCCAAAAUUUCAUAUUAUACAUUUUGGGGGCUAUGAAAUAAAGUACGAAAGUCACUGUAGAUUUAAUAAUAACAUGAAAUAAUAUAUA